CUCUUAAGUACAUCUUGCACAGUGGUUGCCAUUGGUAAUAUUAUUGGUUCUGGGAUCUUUAUUUCUCCAAAAGGAGUUUUGGAGCACACCGGCUCGGUGGGACUCGCUCUCAUUAUUUGGGUGCUUGGCGGCGGGGUGGCUGCCCUUGGCUCGUUAUGUUAUGCUGAACUGGGAGUCACUAUCCCCAAAUCAGGAGGGGAUUACUCCUACGUCACAGAGAUUUUUGGUGGGUUAGCUGGGUUUCUGCUGCUCUGGAGCGCAGUGCUUAUCAUGUACCCAACCAGUCUGGCUGUCAUUGCGCUGACUUUCUCAAACUAUGUCCUGCAGCCCGUCUUCCCUAACUGUAUCCCCCCCUAUAAUGCCUCCAGGAUCCUCUCCAUGGUGUGUUUACUCCUCCUGACCUGGGUGAACAGCUCCAGCGUUCGAUGGGCAACACGCAUACAGGAUAUAUUUACAGCAGGAAAACUCUUAGCCCUGGCCCUUAUCAUUAUUGUGGGCUUCAUACAGAUCUUUAAAGGAAACUAUGAAGAGCUGACACCAAGCCAUGCAUUCAAUUUUUGGAUGACUCCAACCGUGGGGCAUUUAGCGUUAGCUUUUCUUCAAGGGUCUUUUGCAUUCAGUGGCUGGAACUUCUUGAACUAUGUAACAGAAGAAUUGGUUGAUCCCUGCAGGAACCUACCUCGUGCCAUAUUCAUAUCCAUCCCAUUGGUGACAUUUGUGUAUACGUUCACCAACAUUGCAUAUUUCACUGCCAUGUCACCCCAAGAGCUCUUGUCCUCCAACGCUGUGGCGGUAACAUUUGGUGAAAAGUUACUGGGCUAUUUUUCCUGGGUUAUGCCAGUCUCAGUGGCCCUAUCUACAUUUGGAGGAAUAAAUGGAUACCUUUUUACCUCGUCAAGGCUGUGUUUCUCUGGUGCCCGAGAAGGCCAUUUGCCGAGUUUGCUGGCCAUGAUCCACGUCAAGCACUGCACACCCAUCCCUGCCCUGCUCGUCUGCUGUUUGGCCACUCUGGUCAUCAUGCUUGUUGGAGACACAUACACACUAAUCAACUACGUGUCAUUUAUUAACUACCUCUGCUAUGGAGUGACAAUUAUUGGCCUGAUAGUGUUACGCUGGAAGAAACCCAAAAUCUUCAGACCUAUCAAGGUGAACCUCCUCAUCCCCAUCACUUACCUGGCAUUUUGGGCAUUUCUGCUGAUCUUCAGCUUAUAUUCUGAGCCAAUUGUCUGUGGAGUUGGACUCAUUAUAAUUUUAACUGGAGUACCAGUGUUUUUCCUUGGAGUCUACUGGAGAAAUAAACCAAAGUGUGUAAAUAGGCUAAUAG